UGCUUUCUGCAAAAAAGAAAUUCAUUGCAGUGAGAAUAUUCUGGAGGCAAAGCUGUCCACCCACCCUCUUUUUGAGCUCAUUUCCGCCUCUCGAGCUAGAGGAGCAGUACAAACAUUUUUGGCAGCUGGCUGCUGUGGGCAGGCCCCAUCAACGGCCAUUCAGUCUCCCGGCACCGACAAACGCAGAGGGGCAGGAUCGAGACUCGAGGCCGUCCACACUGGCGCGGCGCGGCUCCGGAUUGGAAUGUGCGGCCUCAUUGAAUAGAAUCGGAGUCAGGACAGGCGCCCGAACCCCCUUGGCAAGCUGGAAAGGAGCGUCUAGGGAAGACAACGCAUUUAUUCAGUCCAUGCCGUGGUAAGCAGGUGUCAGAGCUCAACGGAGACACAAUUUCCUGGCAGAAGGGGUGUUGGUCAGCUCGGCUCAGACACAGCGAGGACGGAGCCUGUGCACACAGCUCCCUGCCUGGUCAUGGCUGAUGGCGUGGUCUAUACCUAUUUAAGUCACCCCACCGGCUCUACGCCCAGCAGCAUUUCGACUCCAGCUCAGCAGGACUCUUGUCCGCCGUGCCCACGGUGGCAUCGGACCGCGCUGGGGGUCGGCUGGGCCGGGAACCUCGCCCUGCUGGGAGCUGUGGCCAUGCUGGUUGUCCUGGUUUCCCAGCGCCCAUCUCAGAACCCACAGCCAACAGCAGCCAUGCAGAGCGCCCAGAUGAGCAAUUCGUGUGAGAGCAGUCAAAACACGACCACGUGCAAUGGGAGCAUGGAGGUUUUCCGAUCCUGCUUGAAAGAAAAGUUGUGUGAAUCAGAAAACAGCUCAGCAGGGGACUCCGGGUGCAAACUCUGCCCCAUGCACUGGAAGCCGCACAGGGACAAGUGCUACUGGCUGUCUGAUGGGAGUACGUACUGGAGCAGGAGCCGGGAUGACUGCACACAGAGGAGAUCUCACCUGCUAGUGAUCCAGGACCAGGAGGAGAUGGUGUUCAUACAGAAUAUUAUAGGAGAUCAAAAUCCGGUGUGGUUUGGACUCAACAUCACGUCCCCAAGGAAGAACUGGACCUGGGUGGAUGGUUCCCCCUUAAAUCAAACACUAUUCAUGGUAUUGGGGCCGGCGGAAAACAACAGUUGUGCUGCAUUAAAGAAGAAUCGGAUCCAGCCUGAAAUCUGCAACACUGACCUGAAAUGGAUUUGCCAGAAGGAAGCUGUGAUCCUUUAAACAGGUGGCUUGUGACCCCUGUUUGCAGACAUGGAAUGCAGAACCUACUGCGUGUUCCUCUUUCUUUCAGCCUACAGACCCUCAGGAGGUAUCAAUCUGGACAGUGCCCAGAAAGUGAGGGCACGAUACUGACGUAUUCCAGUUGGGAGUUUGGGCCUAUUGACUCCAAUGGAGUUAGAGCCAAUUCAUACCAUUAUUUUAUUUUAAAAAGUAAAUCAACAAUUUUGUUCAGACUUUUUAAAAAAAUCUUAAUGCCUGGGACAUUAUUUUGUAUAUUAUGGUAGUGCCUAAAGGCCAGCUAAGUUGGGUGCUGCACAGACACAGGGAGAG